AUGUGUACAUGGCAAGUUUCUCUCUCUGUCCCUCUCUCUCUCUCCUUCUCUGUUUUUCUGUCCGGCGCGUUCGCGGUUCCUCUCCCUCUGUCUCUUUCUCUCUCGCUCUCUCGCUCUCUCUCUGCGUCUGUCUCCAGCCUCACCACGAUUGCACGGCGGCUUGAGCCUCUCAGCUUGCCUUUUGCAUUGCUGUGUCUCUUGGAUUGCCAUCUGCAGGCGCAGCUCGCAACACUUGCCAGGAAGAGUCGUCCGGUCAUCGUAACCAGGACGCAGCCGAAGCAUCCCGAACAUGUGCGCCUGGCGAUAGUGCGGCCUCCGAAGCAAGCUCCUGUGGCGCUGCCGCCGGCACUGCUCUCCACACCAUCGCCUCAAUCGCACGCAAAGCAAGAGAAGCCUCAGAGGGAGCAGAAAGAAAAAUACACGCCACCUGCAAAAGAACAUGCACAGCGAGAAGCUUUCGUGGACUUCGAAGUCCCCAGACUCCAAGAGGUGCCGGAUGAGAAGCCUCGAAGACCAUCUUUCUCUGCCCCUGUGCAAUCACUCGCUCGAAGAGGCAGCGUGGUCGGAGCUGCUGUAUCUUCGAUGCUGCAAGGUAUCGUGUUUCAGUCGAACAAGCCGCCGAAGGCGACGAUGAAGACCAUGUCCAUCAAGGAUGCCGUCACCACGAUGCGUGAGAUGGAGGUGGAGGACAGCAAGGCUCAUGUUCUCACGGAGGAAAAGAGGGGAGCACUCUGGCGUUGUUCACAUGGCGCAGUUCUCGCCGGCGUGAUUGCGGGAAUUGGUGCUGCAUUCUUCGCACAGGCGCUUAACGAUCUGACCGCAACCAUGGUCGAUGAGGAGGAAGACUGGCUAGCCUUCAACAGCAUCGCCGGCAGCUUUUCUCUGAUAUGGUCAUUGGCCGAAAUGGUCGUUUGCUGCAUCGCCGCCCUUGUUGCAGCCGUCAGGAUGACCCGCAUAUGUGGCAUCACGCUUGUGCCCAUGGACCGGGAGCGUGCGAUGCUUGCAGGAUCACUUGCACGUGCAGCCUUGGAGCUGGGGCAUCCCAAGGUUCGAACCUUUGGGAUUGACCCUCACAAGCGAGCCAGCAAAUUUCUCCUCCUCCUCUAUGCCUUGAUCUAUAUGGGCAGCCGUGGUGUCACCAAGUUCGUCAUCAAGUUGAUUGUCAAGAAGGUCGCACCUCGGACAUUGCUGAAGUUCGCAGAGAUGGCUCCUUUGGUGAUCGAGAUUCUUAUCAAUGUCAUGUUCAAUUCUGUGACUGUCAGGUACGCCAUGAAUGAGGUCAUGGUCUGCACUCUCGGCCCCUCUGCAACCGUAGAGGUGAUGAGCCAGCUCAUAAAAGCGCACCGGGAGAGUGCUGUGGAAGAGCCUUUGUCUGAUGAGCUGAAGUGCUUGGCCCUGCGAGCCGUAGGCGUCUCCAUCACCUACAAGAUGCAGAUGCAUCCCAACAGCCGGUGUUUGCUGAACCACACCGUCAACCUUUUCAUAGAUGAUGGCUUUGUGAGUCGGGCCAAAAAGGAGUAUGGCCAACGACUGGAAGUGGCGAAGCUAAAGCGCAAAGCCACCAAGUCCUUCUUGACCCUACCGAGCAGCAAGGCCAGUGCCGGCACUGCAAGAUCUGCAAGUGAAGGCGGUGGCUGCUGGAGUCGCUGGUUUCGCGCCAAGGCACAGCCAGAGAAGCCCCAGGAGUCGCUCUACGAGGAGCUGGCAGAUCUGGGCUUGGACGACGAAGACUUGUUCUUCGAUGGCUUGGCAGGAUUAGACCAUCGGGAUGCACUCUUUGCCUGCUCCAUGCUGCUGUUGGCACUCAUGCUGGAUGGUCGCGUUGGGAAGUCAGACUGGUCGUUCAUCACACGUGCUGCCAGGAGUGUCAACCCUCCUCUGGAGGCGAAUUGGUCGGGUGUUGUUCAUCUGAUGAACAUCUACACAGGUGGAAGGCAGAUGAAUGCGAGACUCUUCCACGAUGUGUUCGAGAACUCUGAGGAUGGUGAGGCGAAGGCCACCUGCUGCGAGUUCGUGGCGCGGGGAAUGCGAAAUUCGCUCAACUACAUCAACUGCUGCUGA